ACACACACAACAACGCACACGAGCAUAACGUUGGGACUGUGACAUGUCGGCGGCUAGCUGGAGCAUUCCGGCGAUCCCGCGGGCCGUCCCGCCGGCGCGGGGCGGCCCGCACGCGCCCGGGGAGGCCUUCCUUGUGCCCGCGCGGCCGCGGUGCCGCGCCGCGCCGGCCAGGAGGCUCAGGCUCGGCCGAGGCGCUGGCGCUGGCGGCGUCGUCGUGGCCCGCGCCGGCGCUCAUGCCGACGUGCCCGUCGCCGGCUCCGGAGAGGCCGCCGUCGUCUUCUCCGACAAGUUCCCCCUGCGCCGAUGCAAAACCGUGGAGGGGAAGGCGUGGGUCAGGGUGGACGCGGAGCCGGAUGGGGACGGCAAGUGCAAGGUCGUCAUCGGCUGCGAUUUGGAGGGGAAGUGGGUGCUGCACUGGGGUGUCUCCUACGAUGGUGAGACUGGCAGAGAAUGGGACCAACCUCCUGAAGAAAUCAGGCCUCCUGGUUCAGUUCCAAUCAAGGACUCUGCAAUCGAAACACCACUGGAGAUUUCGCACAGUUCAGAAGGGUGUGUGCUUCAUGAAGUGGAAAUCAAAUUCGAUAAGGACACUCCAAUUGCCGUUAUCAAUUUUGUUCUAAAGGAAGAGGGAACAGGUGCAUGGUUUCAACAUAAGGGAGGAGAUUUCAGAAUACCAUUAAGUGGGUCCCUCAAGGAUAAAGAUUCAUCAGGAGCAAAACAAGGAGAUAAACUUGAAGGGUCAAAUGCUCAGCCAAAAGAAACUGUACCUGAGGAUAAAGGUCCAAACAGAAAGUGUAUUUCACAGUUCUAUGGUGAAUAUCCGAUAUUAAAAUCAGAGUAUGUUGAGAACUCUGUAUCUGUUACUGUGACGGAAAACAGCGAGACAAAUAAAAGUCGCGUGGAAUUCGAUACUGACAUUACUGGAGAUGUUAUCAUUCAUUGGGGAGUUUGCAAAGGCAAUACCAUGACUUGGGAGAUCCCACCAGAACCACAUCCACCAAAAACGAAGAUCUUCCGACAGAAAGCUCUGCAGACCUUGCUAGAGCAAAAAACUGAUGGAUCAGGCAACACUAUAUCAUUCUUACUGAAUGCUGAUUACUCGGGUCUUGUUUUCAUUCUCAAACUUAAUGAGGAUACUUGGUUGAGAAAUCUGGAAAACAACUUUGAUUUCUAUAUUCCUCUUACGAGAGUGGACCAAAUUGGAAGCACUCAAGAGCCUCGUAAGGCUGAUGAACAUAAGCUUGAUGAUAAGUCUUCGCAAACCGAUGGCCUGAUCAGUGAUAUAAGAAAUCUGGUAGUUGGCCUAUCAUCUAGAAGAGGUCAACGAACAAAGAAUAAAGUUCUGCAAGAAGAUAUCCUUCAAGAAAUCGAGAGGUUAGCAGCUGAAGCGUAUAGCAUUUUUAGGAGCCCCACUAUUGAGAUUGCAGAGGACUCUGUUUACAUUGAUGACCCAGAAAGCGUGAAACCAGCUUGUUCUGGCACUGGAUCUGGAUUUGAAAUAUUAUGCCAAGGAUUUAACUGGGAGUCACAUAAGUCAGGAAAAUGGUAUGUUGAACUUGGUACGAAAGCCAAGGAGUUGGCAUCACUAGGUUUUACAAUUGUAUGGUCACCACCACCUACUGAUUCUGUAUCACCUGAAGGAUACAUGCCAAGGGAUUUAUACAACCUAAAUUGCAGAUAUGGAACCAUGGAAGAGUUGAAGCAGCUUGUGAAUAUUUUUCAUCAAAAUGGCAUGAAGGUUCUCGGUGAUGCUGUCCUAAAUCACAGGUGUGCUCAGUUUCAGAAUCAAAAUGGUGUCUGGAAUAUUUUUGGUGGGCGUAUUAACUGGGAUGACCGAGCGGUUGUUGCUGAUGAUCCACAUUUCCAGGGAAGAGGAAACAAGAGCAGUGGAGAUAACUUCCAUGCUGCACCAAACAUUGAUCACUCGCAAGAUUUUGUGAGAAAGGAUCUUAAAGAAUGGCUUUGCUGGAUGAGAAAGGAAGUUGGAUACGAUGGAUGGAGACUUGACUUUGUUCGUGGCUUUUGGGGUGGAUAUGUCAAAGACUACAUGGAAGCAACUGAACCAUACUUUGCAGUAGGAGAGUACUGGGACUCUCUCAGUUAUACUUAUGGUGAAAUGGAUUAUAAUCAAGAUGCUCACAGGCAGAGAAUUGUUGACUGGAUAAAUGCUACAAAUGGAACUGCUGGUGCAUUUGAUGUCACCACUAAAGGAAUACUUCAUAUGGCACUGGAAAGAUCUGAGUACUGGCGCUUGUCUGAUGAAAAAGGAAAACCACCUGGAGUAUUGGGUUGGUGGCCUUCACGUGCAGUCACAUUUAUAGAAAAUCAUGACACUGGUUCCACUCAGGGUCAUUGGAGAUUCCCCUAUGGUAUGGAGAUGCAAGGAUAUGCGUAUAUCUUGACGCAUCCUGGCACUCCUGCAGUCUUCUAUGAUCACAUCUUCUCACACUUGCAACAAGAUAUUGCCAGAUUAAUCUCUGUCAGACGCCGUCUAAAGAUUCAGUGCCGCAGCAAGAUCAAGAUACUCAAGGCAGAACAAAAUUUAUAUGCGGCUCAGAUUGAUGAGACGGUUACAAUGAAGAUUGGCAGUGGACAUUUUGAGCCAAGCGGUCCCAUAAACUGGACUGUUGCGGUAGAGGGGCACGAUUACAAGAUCUGGGAAGCGCCGUCGUAGAUGUCAUUUCCUGACGACAACUGCUCAGUAUAUAAUCUAAUAGUAGCAUAUAGAUUGGAAGAGAUGGCAUCGGAAUGCAGCGGCUGGCAAGCCCUGGUUAAGAUUGCAAUGGCAAUGACAGCAUUUUCCCUGCAGCAAAGCUUUCACACAAGUGGAAAUAUAUGUAUGAAUUUGAGCAGUUUUAUAUCUAUGCAAACCAUUCUUCCCCACUAAAGGCAAAUUGCCCGCUUAUUUGGAGAGGCACCUCCACUUUGUUGGAUCUAUUGUAAGAUCAUAGAUUAAACAUUUACAAUAAAGUACAUAAUAUUCGAGUCCACUUUGUUGGAUCUAUGUAAGUAACAUACAUUUGCAAUAAGGCACAUAUAUUCAAGUAGUAUAUUAAA